AUGCUGGGCUGGGCACUCAAGAAGGGCGUCCAGGGCGCCACUGGUGCCAGAAACGCGCCUCCCGACGAAGGUAAAGCAGAGCCGCGCAUUCACAACAUCGUAUCGCCAGUUUUUGCUGACUUUCCAGGCGAUACGACUCAAAUCGAAGUUCCCGACACUCCAGCACCAGUAUUCGCCGCUCGCGCCAUCAGGCGUGCGAUUUUUGGAACUCCCGCCCCCCCUAAAGAAAACUUUCCAGAGCCAGUUGGCACAAUAACCGACGACAAGGCUGAUGACGCUCCGCUGAGAGAUUCGAGGUCGCCAGUGAAACCCACGGGAAUAUUGUUGACCCCUGGAACGGCGACUGCGCGUCGGAAGCGUGUAUCAUUCGGCCGUGAUGUCAAGGCUGGCACUAACAGCGAGACUGAUGCCACGGCUGCGAAAACAAACCCGACAGGGAACCGAAGAAAGUCGAUUCAGCAGAGACUGGAGGAAUCGCGGUCGAACAAGGCCAAGAAGGCCAAUGACGACAAGAUGGAAGAUUCAGUGCCAGAACCGACGCCCGCCACUGAGCACCCAGAAUCAGUGGAGGAAGGAACAGACGACGAGUGGGAGGACGACAUUUGCAACCAUGAUAUGACAGUGGAUCUUAAUGAGCCUCACUCUCGAUCUGGAAAGUACUGGAAGUCGGAGUUCAGCAAGUACAGCGACGACGCCAGGGCUGAAAUGGAGAAACUCGUCAAAUAUAAGCACUUGGCUAAGUGCUAUGCGCAGAAGAAGGACGCUGAAGCCGCGGAACUAAACCAGAAGUUGAAAGAGGAGCGCGAGAAGGUGGCCCAGAUGGAGAAGACGAUGACAGAAAUGACGACCCAGGUGCCUAGAGUUAGGGGUCGCGCACCAGAUCCCGACAACGACUUGGCCAAGAAGCUUGCCGAAAAGACCUCACAGGCUGCGAGAUACAAGGAACGGGUCGAGGAGUUGGAAGUUUUGCUCUUCGAUCAAGACGAAUCUGGUGGCAAACCACAGCAUAACAAGAUGGACACCUCACCGCGUACCGAGAAGACGUUGCUUGAAACUAGCAGGGAGCUGCGACGCGUACGCAACGAGCUUAAGCAGAUGAAGAAGAUCCAGGAAGAGAAUGAAAGACUCAAGUCCGAACGCCUGGCCUCUGACGGCAAGCAAAAAUCCACCGAGUCGGACCAAGCACCUCUAGAAAAGCUGGAGAAGCAACUCCAUGAUGCUGAAGCUGAGAUGCAACGGAAAGAUCGCGAACUCAAAAAGCUCAAGAAGGAGUUUGACACACUUAAGGAGAAUGCAAAGUCCUCACGAAGCCAAGCUUUGCAAGUCCUUAAAGAGAAGAACGACAAGAUAUCAGAACUCGAAACAGACGUAAAUAUGCUUCGAAAAAGAGAUAAUAUGGCGGAGCGCAGGAUAGCAGAGCUUGAAAAAGAAGUCAAGACGCUUCUCAGAACCAAUGCCUCAGCCAGCCGCGCAGCUGGAAUGGACGCUCCUCUCGGUCAGCACAACGCAACUACACGGGAUGUCAGGCCAGGCAUUGCAGCUCCGAACCGACCCUCGAUCCAUGAAAAGGCCAAGCGGGGGCAUUUGAAACGCGCCGUGUCUGCCGAAGACCUUACGCUCGAUUUCACACAACACUCUCUCUUCGAAAGCCCCAGCCAAAGACUCAAUCUUCAACGUUUCUCAGCAGACGUGACGGAUAGCCUGCGGGACAUUGAGGCCCAACUCAAACAGGAAAGGUUGGAGCGUAUGGAAUCUCGUCGACGUGAUCGAGAUCUGGAAACUCUUGAUCUUGAUGUGCGUCAGAACCCACUCGAUACAGACCGCUUCUCCAGAGCGACACAGUCAACCCACAACUCUCGCCAUGCCAUGCCUGAGAAGAAACACGAAACGCUGCGUCACAAGACAAGACAGUCGACAUCUGAGUCUCGCGCUACCUCCACCAAGCGCGAGCGCGAAAUUCCGCGUGAUGCGCUGGAUGAUAUCCCCAAUUCUCGUUACAAUAGCAAAACAUCAGCUCAUGCUCCUUCUCCGACGAUCGAAGGGUUCGAUCUGCUGCAGAAUCGAUUUGCCAAGCUUGGCGGCCCUAAUCCGAACGACACAGCUCUCACUGCCAAUGCAUCACGAUGCACACUCCCAGCAGAUCGUCUGGCAGCGGCAAAGGCAAGAAUAGCACAGAAAAGGCGAGAAAAGCGGAACAUUACGGGCAAGGAGAAUGUCAGACCUUAA